GUUUCUUCCUUCUAUAUAAUACUGCAUAAGAUUCCCUGAAUCAAACCCAUCUCAGUGUGUUGCAGAGAUUCACAGUUCCACACACUUUUCUUUUUCAAAAGUAUUCAACCAUGCAACACCAACUUCAUCACCAUCUCCACAAAAACCUCUCAUAUCCAAAACCAUAUACCACACUCCAUAGAAAUAUCCAUAUCCAACCCAAAAAACUUCUCACUCUAUCUCCAUCUCCAUCAUUCCCAAAAAAAUCCUCAAAUUUUCUUCAUGCAAGAAAAAUCACUCCUUGUAAUGCAUUAACAUCAUUCCCUUCACCGUCUUCAGCCGAAGACGACACAGACACAAACACAGACACAGAUACAAAAACAGACAGUAACACUGACACAGACACAGACACAAACACAGACAAGGACACGAACACGAACACGGACAAUAAUGUUGGUGUUAAUGUUGUUGAGAAUAAGAUUGAAAGUCCACCUGAGAAAAAGAGUUUCUGGGGAGCAGUGAGUUUGAUAAUUGGUGCAGCAGUUGGGCCUGGAAUGUUAGGCUUACCAUCUCUAACAAUAAAAUCAGGUCCAAUACCAUCAACAAUCAUAAUCUUAGUUUCAUGGAUUUAUGUAAUCUCAUCAAUAAUCCUUGUAGCAGAGCUUUGUUUUGAUGCAAUGGAAAAGGACAAUGUUGAAGAGGUUAGUUUCACAAACCUAGCAACAAGAACACUAGGCCAAAAAUUUGGUUCAUUUGUUGCAUUGGUAUAUACUAGUCUAUGUUUCUCAUUACUUGUUGCAUGUGUUGCUGGAAUCGGAUCGAUCAUAGCACCGAUUUUCACGAAUUUCAGCGGUUUAGUGAUUCAUUCGUUGUUUCCGCUUUUUGUUGGAGUAUUGAUUGUGUUUUUUCCUUUCAAUACUAUCGAUUUCGCGAAUAGGGUUUUGUGUUUUCUGAUGCUUGUUUCAAUAACUGCAUUGGUUGGGAUUGGAGUUGUUGUGGCUAGAGCUAAUAUAAUAAGCUCUUUUGGUUCGGUUUCGUGGAAAUUAUCGUCGAUUUUACCGAUUAUACCGGUUGCUGUGUUGACAGUAGGGUUUCAUGUGAUUACGCCUUUUAUAUGCAAAAUUGCUGGUGAUACUAUUGAUGAUGCAAGAAAAGCGAUACUGAUCGGUGGAACUGUUCCAUUGGUGAUGGUUUUGUCAUGGAAUUUGAUUGUGUUGGGACUUGUUGGAGCUAAGAAAGGUGCUGAUUUUGUUGGUGAUCCUAUUACGCUUUUGCUUUCGGUGAAUCCGUCUGCAUUAUCUGCUGUUCAAGGUUUCGCGUUUUCUGCUAUGGCGACUAGUUUGAUUGGUUAUGCUGUGAGUUUGCCUAAGCAGAUUCUUGAUACUUUCGAGUUGAUAGUCGGAAAAGGUGAAAACGGAGAAGUUGGAUUGGUUUCUUAUUCAGGUGAUGGUGUUGGUUAUUCGGGGAAAGUUGGACUUGAAAGUUCGGAAGAUUUGAGUGAAAUGAGAUUGAAUGAGAAAAGAUUUGAGGGAGUUAAGGUGUUUGUAACGAUAUUGGUUCUUUGUUUUUCGGUGUUCAUAGCUUCGUAUUUUAGGUCUACUUUUUCGAGAGCUCUUGAUUUUGCUGGUGUUUAUGCAAAUUGCUUUCUUUUUGGGAUUAUUCCUCCUGUCAUGACAUAUAUUCAUCAACAAACCAACAAGGAAAAAAUCAGGUCAUCCUUUGUUCCAGGAGGAAAUGUGACACUUCUGCUGCUUUUCGUUAUCUCAGUCAUGUUAGCAAUUUGGCAUUAGAUGUUCUUCAAAAGCCAAGUUAAGAAGAAUUCAAUAGAUUACAAUUUCGGAUCAAGAUCAGACGGUCUAUAUUUCAAAUUCAUAUUUUAAAAAGGAUUUGAUAAAGUUGGAAUAUUAGUCGUCGGAUCUUAGCAGUAGUAAGAUUUGUUAAAGUUGGAAUAUAAGUCGACCGUUCUAAAUCCAACGGUCGAGAGUAUUUUGACCGUAGACGAUUUGGAUCCGACUUAGGAAUAUGCCAAAUUCUGUAUGGAAUAAUAUUGUGAGUACUAAUAAUGGAGUUAUGAAAUGAAGUUUAUCAUGUUUAUGCUUUCUGUCAAAUCUUUUUCAACCUUUCUG